UUGUAGAGUCUCUCUCUUGUUCAUGUUUUCAUCACUGUCAUAAAAAGAUUUAAAAUGUCAUAAAAAGUCAUUAAAUGUGUAGGCAGCUGCUCUGACUAAAUUGCCCAAUCAAGUUAGAUGUUGAAAAUACUGAAUUGUAUGAAUUGCAAAAGACUAAACUGAGAUUAACAGCAGAUUCUUGUUUGGCCAUAUGAUUAAAGCCUCAAUAGUUGUUUCAUUUGAUAAGUAAAUGGCACAUUAUAAUGGCUCUUUCCUGAGCUGAUCCAGCUUUAGCAGUGGGCAGUGACUUCCUUCCCCUCUCUGUGACUGCCAUAUUCCCCCUGCCACCGCUCAUUCACCCAGUUUAGGAAUGUGUUCCUACCAUUCAGAAUAUUAAUCUUUAAGUUUUAUACGACAACAGAGGAACCAAGAUCCAAACUGAACUCAUUCUACAACAUGACCCACCGGUCUCAUCCAUUUCACCAUGACACCAAGACCGUCAUUAAAACCAACUAAAACACACACCAACACUACAACAGCUGCUCCGGGGUUCCUGCCCUCUUUACUGGACAGGAUUCCUUUGCCAAGAUGGGCCAUCUAUGCUAUAUUUGCUGCCAUCAUCCUGCUCGUUCUCAUCUGUGUGAUAUGCUGCUGUGUAAAAUGCUGCUGCAAAGGGAAAAAGAAGAGGAAGAAGAAGCUGGACCAGCAGAUCAGUAUGAAAGGGAUCUCAGGAACUACAACCGCAGCACUGGUCCAGCUUGAGACAGAGGAUGUGGAAUAUGGAUCAGCUGACCAACAGAGGGGAAAACUGCAGUAUUCACUGGAGUUCAACGCAUCCAGAUCAGAGCUGACUGUAGGAAUAAAAGAAGCUGCCGCUUUGCAAGCGAUGGACUCAGGAGGAACAUCUGACCCUUAUGUGAAAGUCUACAUCCUUCCCAACAAGUUCAAAACAUUUGAGACGAAAGUCUUCAGGAAAACCCUUAACCCUGUGUUCAAUGAAAAUUUCAAAUAUCAGAUCCCUCAGAAGGAGCUGACUGAGUCGAUACUGGUGAUGCAAGUGUAUGACUUUAACAGAUUCUCCAAACACGACAUCAUCGGUGAGAUCAGACUCAAUCUGUCCACGGUGGACUGGAAUCAUGUGAUUGAGGAGUGGAGAGAUCUGAGCGAAGCUUCCAAACAUGAGCAAGAGCAUCUGGGAGAGAUCUGCUUCUCUCUUCGUUAUGUCCCGACUAGUAGUAAACUCACUGUGAUCAUACUGGAAGCCAAGAACCUGAAGAGCAUGGACCAGGGAGGCUCUUCAGACCCUUAUGUUAAAGUUCAAUUGGUUCUGGAUAAGAAGAAAUGGAAGAAGAAGAAAACAUCAGUAAAGAAGCGAACUUUGAAUCCAUACUUUAAUGAAUCUUUCACUUUUGAAGUGUCGUUUGAACAGAUUCAGAAAGUCCAGCUGGUCAUCUCAGUGUGGGAUCAUGACAAAAUGAGCAGAAAUGAUGCGAUCGGCAAGAUCUAUCUGGGCUGUGAUGCUACAGGAAACCAGCUGCGUCACUGGGCGGAUAUGCUGUCCAACCCACGCAAACCUGUGGCUCAGUGGCACACAUUACUCUCUGCUGAACAGGUGGACACAACGCUGGCCUUGAAACACACGCUAAAGAUCCCAUUUGCAAACAAAAACUUCUGAGAAACCUCUACUAACAUGACAAAUUGUUCACAACCAGAAGUUCCUUUAUGCUUUUUAUGCCCAGACUAUGUACCAAUUGUCUUAUUUCUUGCCAUUCUUUUUCAUUUAUUUAUGAUGAUUCAUAUUGUUUUAGUCGAAACAUUUAAUUUCCUUCAUUUUCAGUAUUUUGGAAGUAAUCGAAUAGCUUGGGAAGUAACUAAAAGUAGUGAUGCUACAUUUUAAAAUAGCAAGCUGCUAAUGACAAAAAGCUGUUUUUUUUUGUUUAAUUUAUUUAGUUAAGUAAUUGUAAUUAUGCACACAGCUUUACAGUUACAGUAACGAGCUAAGGAAAUAAUCAAAUUCAGUCUCCUAUAUUGUCUUCUCCAAAAUAUGUAGCUGUUUGGAAGUCCAAUACAUUUUUGUGAAUCUUUCAUAUGGAUGGUUCAUGUAAAUUAAGCGAAGAAUCUAAAGAAUCUCUCUCUAGAUAGAUAAAUUGAUUGAUUGAUUGAUUGAUUGAUUGAUUGAAUGAUUGAUUGUUUUUUUGUAGAAACAGUUGUAGAGUUCCCAAUGACUUCAAAGCCCUUCUCAUGUUUUGAAGCUUGGGAUAAAAUUUCCUAUUAUGUUCAGUCAAGAGCGUAAGUUUGAUUUUGACAUUGGUAAUUUCAUGUCCUAAUCAAUUUCAUGUUAUCUAAAACCUUUAUUUGUAGAUAUGGUAGAUAACCCAAUCAUAACACAUAACAUAAUUUUGAUAAUGUAAACCAACUACAUUACAAUUUAGAUUUCUGUACUUUAUGAUAGAAUAUCUAAACAAGCAUACAGUACAUUCAUAACUAGGAGAAAAAUGUUAUUCAGGGAUUGAAAUUAAGUUUUUUUUUUUGUCUACAUCACUUCAAUUGAUCAGUUCUGUAAUGUUAUAAGCAGUGUUGGGGGGAAUGCAUUACAAGUAACGUGAGUUACGUAAUCAGAUUGAGAAAAAGUAAUGCAAAAGUAACAUAACACAAUACUUUCUGUAAAAAGUAAACAUAAUUAGUUACUUUUUUAGGGAGUAAUGCAAUAUUGUAAUGCAUUACUUUUAAAAAUAACUUUCCCCAACACUGAUUAUAAGUGUGUAUGUAGAGCACUUACAGGCAAGGUGUUUUUCGGCAAUCAGUGUCAUGAAAGUCGGCAUGAAUUGGAAGUUGCAAUGUUCUUUUCUUCUAUAUUGUGACGUAUAUCAGAGUGAAACGGCUUCACAAACUAGAAAAAAUGUAGGGCGGGACUUGAUUUUGUCCAUUGGGAAUUGAUUGGAUGGUUGUGGUUUGCUAUUGGUGAAUC